AUGCAUGAGCAUUCCGACAAAGAAAACAUCGUUGCUUCGACCUUGCCGACAUCUUCAGCGGGUAGUGGAGAACAUUCAACUCUAUCAGCCGAGGCCAAAUCCGAAUUCAACCAUGACUCCCACCCUCGAUCGGACACAUCUAGCUUUCGUGAUGGACCAACAGAUGAUGACCCAGAGGAAGCACUUCCUCGUCUACAACGGCACUCCACAGAGCUCGGUCCAGCUAUCAAAGUAGCCCGGUUGAAGCGUCGCGGAUUGUUCGGCCAACUCGCCCUGGUGGCAGAAAUUGAGAACCCAAAGACAUACCCCCGGAAGAUGAAAUGGUUCAUUACAUUCAUCGUCGCUCUAGCUGGAUCUACUGCGCCGUUGGGCAGCGCGAUCUUUUUUCCAUCGCUAUCACAAGUAACCAAAGAACUAAAUACGACCACCACGAUUGCGAACCUCACGAUUGCGCUGUAUAUGCUGGCGAUGGCGAUCUUUCCCUUGUGGUGGUCUUCUUUCAGUGAGCGACUCGGACGACGGACAAUCUACCUAGUUUCUUUCGCUCUAUUCGCCAUUUUCAACUGCCUUUGUGCCAUUUCUAGCUCUAUUGCCAUGCUGAUUGUCAUGCGUAUGCUGAGUGGUGGUGCUUCUGCGUCCGUUCAGGCAGUCGGUGCUGGUACUAUCGCUGAUCUUUGGGAGCCAAGAGAAAGGGGACGGGCCAUGGGAAUUUUCUACCUGGGCCCGCUUUGUGGCCCUUUGCUGGCACCUAUCAUUGGUGGUCUCUUGGCACAGCGUUGGGGUUGGCGCAGUACCAUGUGGUUCAGUGCAGCCUUUGGUGCCGUGACUCUCAUCUUCAUCCUCUUCGCCCUUCCGGAAACCUUGGUGACGCAGAAACCAGUGUUGCCUGAACUUGACGACAAUGAUGAUCCAACUAUUAGUCGUCCGCUCAGCCGUGUGUCGUCACGACAGGUCGUUCGGUCUACUACUCGCUGGUUGAAGAUGCUGAAGAUGAUCUUCAUUGACCCACUCAAAAUCAUUCUCUACCUACGGUUCCUUCCUGUGCUUCUGACUGUCUACUAUGCUAGUAUCACAUUCGGCUCCCUCUACGUUCUGAACGUCAGCAUCGAGGAAACAUUUGGCAAGGAACCGUACAACUUCUCAACCAUCAUUGUUGGCUUGUUGUACAUUCCGAACUCUCUGGGAUACAUGGUAACCAGUACCUUCGGUGGAAAAUGGACAGACAAGAUCAUGCAACGUGAGGCGAAGAAGGCAAACCGUUAUGAUGAAAAGGGUAGACUCAUUCUUCGCCCCGAGGAUCGUAUGCGCGAGAAUGCCUGGCUUGGUGCGUUCUUAUACCCCGCAGCAUUCCUCUGGUAUGGAUGGGCGGCAGAGAAGGGUGUCUUCUGGCUGGUUCCGAUGAUCGCCAACUUCUUCUUUGGCGUGGGCUCCAUGCUCAUCUUCAGCAUGGUCACAACUAUGCUAACAGAAUUCAUGCCAAAGAAGUCUUCCGAGGGUGUCGCCCUCAACAACUUCGUGCGAAACAUCUUCUCCUGCGUGGGCUCCCUUGUCACCGCCCCAAUUAUCGGUGCCAUCGGCAACGGCUGGCUCUUUACCAUCCUUGGCAUCGUUGGCUUUGCGAGCAGCUCCGUUAUUUAUCUCAUGCGAAUCUACGGUCCUCGUUGGCGAAAGACCAUGGAUGCGCACAUGCGCUGA